UGAAUAUUAAAUUAUGGGAGUUGAAAUUAUAUUUUUUAUUUAGAAGUUAUAAAAAAUGAUUAUGAAAUAUUAAUAAUUGGGUUUUUAGUUAUAUUAGCUUCUAUAACUAAAAGAGCUCAGAUUCCUUUUUCAUCUUGAUUACCAGCUGCUAUGGCUGCUCCUACUCCUGUUUCUGCGUUGGUUCAUUCUUCUACUUUGGUUACAGCUGGGGUAUAUCUUUUAAUUCGGUUUAAUAUUUUAUUAAGAACUUCUUGAUUAGGUCAAUUAUUAUUAUUAUUAUCUGGUUUAACUAUAUUUAUAGCUGGUUUAGGGGCUAAUUUUGAAUUUGAUUUGAAAAAAAUUAUUGCUUUAUCAACUCUUAGACAAUUAGGAUUAAUAAUAAGAAUUCUUUCUAUAGGAUUUUAUAAAUUAGCUAUAUUUCAUUUAUUAACUCAUGCAUUAUUUAAGGCUUUAUUAUUUAUAUGUGCAGGUGCUAUUAUUCACAAUAUAAAUAAUUCUCAAGAUAUUCGUUUAAUAGGAGGUUUAAGAAUUCAUAUGCCUUUGACUUCUGCUUGUUUUAAUGUUUCUAAUUUAGCUUUAUGUGGAAUACCAUUUUUAGCUGGAUUUUAUUCAAAAGAUAUAAUUUUAGAAAUUGUCAUAAUUAGUAAUAAUCAUUUAUUUCAUUUUUUUUAUUUUUUUUCUACAGGGUUAACUGUUAGUUAUUCUUUUCGGUUCGUUUACUAUUCAAUAACUGGUGAUUUAAAUUGUGGUAGUUUAAAUAUAUUAAAUGAUGAAAGAUGAAUUAUAUUACGUGGUAUAAUAGGGUUAUUAAUUAUAAGAAUUAUUGGGGGUAGAAUAUUAAAUUGAUUAAUUUUUCCUUACCCUUAUAUAAUUUGUUUACCUUUAUCAAUAAAAUUAUUAACAUUAUUUGUUUGUAUUUUUGGGGGAUUAUUAGGUUAUUUAAUUUCUUUAACUAAGUUAUAUAGUUUAAAUAAAUCUUUUAUUUUUUAUAAUUUUUCAACAUUUUUAGGAUCAAUAUGAUUUAUACCUUAUAUUAGAACUUAUGGAAUAAUUUUUUAUCCUUUAAAUUAUGGUCAAAUUGUUGUAAAAAGUUUUGACCAAGGGUGAUCAGAGUAUUUUGGUGU